AGAAAGAAAAAGAAAAACCCGAAAAACUACAAAAAAAAAAAACGAAAAAGAAAAUGAAGUUUUCCGAUUCAAGAACUACCUUGCCUCUGCUAAUGUUAGUACUAGUAAUAUCUUCAAUGGCGGUGCAGGAUAGCAUAGGCCAUCCGUGCGGAAGCACGUUUUUCUCGGCACUAGUCCAGCUGAUACCAUGCAAGGCGGCAGUGGCCCCCUUCAGCCCUAUACCGCCAACGGAGGCUUGCUGUGCUUCCAUAAAAGCUCUAGGUCAGCCUUGCCUCUGUGUCCUCGUAACUGGGCCCCCCAUUGCUGGCGUCGAUCGCACCAUGGCCAUGCAGCUACCUGUUAAAUGCACCGCCGACUUUGAACCAUGUGAAAUGGCAAAGUGAAUGGCAAAGUGAGAAGAUUAGAAGCCAAAAGUUCAUAGUAUAUGUAACUUGCAUAAUGUAAGAGAUGAGUAAUGUUUGGUCAAAAUUCAAAUAAAUAUAACAAAUUUGUAAUAUCUUGUUUUGUGCAAAAAUAAUAUUUCUGAUGCGAUAUGAUAUUUACAAGCCAAGAGACACAUAUUUAUGAUCAUCUUGUUUCAAGGCUCGAAUGAGAUAAACGGGUACAAAACGGCUACAUAUCUAGAAGAUUCCACUAAAUUUAACACUGCAAAAAUUGACGUAUAA